CGCACUUUUGUUUUUGUGGUUCGUCACUUCCGGGUGUGAGAUGGCGUGACUGCAGCAGGUAAAGAGGGAAAACCCUGCUGUUUCGUUUUGACGGGAUGGGGGCAGACAGUGGUCCGGGAGCUCCUGCAGCCGUCCCGUGGCGUAAAGUCCUAUAUGAACGCCAGCCUUUCCCGGACAAUUAUGUUGACCGAUGCUUUCUGGAGGAGCUGCGGCGCAACAUCCGAGUGCGUCAGUACUGUUACUGGGCGGUGGUGCGUGAGACGGGGCUCAUCGCACAGCAGGUGUCCUGCGUGGCCGUCUUCCUCACAUUGUGGUCUUAUAUGGAGCAGGGAGACCUGGUACCGUCCGCGGUGCUCUGGGUCUGUCUAGGCUGUGCUCUGCUGGGAUACGGACUCUACGAGAUCCUGGGAGGCUCUUGUGUUCGGGAGCGAACGCGCCUGGCGGACCUGCAGAGCUCGACCAUCUUCCUGGCAUUUACCUUCGGGUUUUCACCUGUUUUAAAGACUCUAACCGAGUCGGUUAGUACAGAUACUGUGCACGCCAUGUCAGCCGUGAUGCUCCUGGCUCACUUGGUGUCCUUCCCGUAUGCUCAGCCCAGUCCGCCGGGCAGUCUUUCCCUCAACGCGGCUCUUUUCGGGUCGGUGUGCCUGGCGUCCCGGCUGCCUGGCGCCCUGCAUACCUUCACCAUGCUGAGCUGUGCCGUCCUGGUGUUCGCUCUGUGGCCCUGCCUGCUGCACCGUAUGCGGGAGAAGGCGGAGUGGAGCUUCCCGUGGGCAGCGGUGCUGGUGUGUCUGGCUGGAGUCAGGGGUCUGGGGAGCCUGUGGCCCGAGGGGGCUCUUCUCCUCUUGCUGGCUCUGUUAACAUUAACUUUGGUCUGUCCACUGUUGCUGGUCCACCUGCAGAGGCACAAGGACAACAUCCACGGUCCUUGGGACGAGGCAGAGAUUAGAGAGGACCUGUCCCGCUUCUUGAAUUGAAAAUGCAGGGUUUUAAGACCAUUUUAAAAGAUGCUUUUGAUAGACUCCCUUUGGAGGGAUGAUUUUGAGAGUCUUCUGCACUUUUCUUAAAGAGAUCGUUCACCUAAAAAUGAAUCAUCUGUCAUCAUUUGCUCAUCUUCAUGUCAUUACAAACCUUGUAUGGUUUGCUUUUUUCUGUGGAACAUGAAAGAAAAUGUUUUGAGGAAUAUUGGUAACAGUUUUGUUUACCUUUGACUUCCAUUGUACAGACA